UCGGCUUUGCUUUCGUGUGUCUGUCAAGUCAAAAGAGGAAAGCAACUUCGUAAGCUGGAAGAGGAAAACUUUCAUUUUUUCCUGGUUUGCUAACGAAAUUUCGCACUUUUGUGGAAGAUUUAUAGUCCCGGAUACGGCCACCGUUUGCCCGUUUAGUGUCCUACAGUAGGAAUCAACAUCCAUCGUCAAAAUGAAACGAUUUCUGUUUGGUUUUCUGUUGCUGUUGAUCGUCGUUCUGCAGACGGAGGCAAUCAUGUUCCGCCUGGCACCAAAUAUGCAAAAGUGUCUAAAGGAUGAUAUGCAAGGCAAUCAGAUAGUGGCCGGCGAGUACGAAGUCACCGGUGCACCGGGACAAAAAAUCAACUAUGUGGUUCGAGAUAGUAAAGGCCACAUAAUGUCUCAGAAGGAAGACAUUAGUAAAGGGAAAUUCACAUUCACGUCGGAGAUGUACGACACAUUUGAAAUUUGCUUCAUUUCCCAGGUUCCGCCAACGCAUCGUGGCAUUGAACAGGACGUCGCCCUAGAUAUCAAGAAGGGUAUUGAAACUAAGAGCUACGAAGGUAUUGGCGAAGCCGCAAAACUGAAACCCCUCGAAGUUGAUCUCAAGCGUUUGGAGGACCUGUCCGAUGCCAUCGUGCAGGACUUUGCCCUGAUGCGAAAGCGCGAAGAAGAGAUGCGUGACACCAACGAGAGUACCAACAGUCGUGUGUUGUUCUUCAGCAUCUUUAGUAUGUGCUGCCUGCUCGGUUUGGCCACGUGGCAGGUUCUGUACCUGAGAAGGUACUUCAUCGCCAAGAAGCUUAUCUAAACUAAACUAACGAAUUCAUGGUUCGGGAAUGUGUGCGAUGUGUGAGCGGCUGGAUGAACGCGUGAAUGUGCGUUAGAACCCCAAAAAGGGUGCAAUUUAGUAAAAAAGGAAGGAGCGUGUCUUAGAACGCAGGCAGAGGAUCCAAUUUCGUUUCGAGUCUUCUAUGUUCCGGUUAUAACAAUUAGUUGACUACCAGCCUUGCGUGAACCCCGCAGUUUUCAAUUAUCACGACCGGUGAAAAGUCUAAAUUUCUUAUCUUACAAACCGUAUUACGUUAAAAUCCAUAGAAUUUUCUUCAAGAGAAAUGUUUUGUGGAAUCCUGUUUUAUUGUCCAGCAAGCAACAGAGAGUAGCUUUUCGGAAAAUAUUGAAUAUGUAAGCUCAAAUCUGAUAAUUUAGUGGUUUCUUUGUUUUUGGUUGCAUAAACAGGUUUUAUAGUUUAUAAUGCAAACAUCGACUUGGUAGGUUUGACGCAUUGAAAUAAAUGAACUUAAAUUACGGUGAA